AUGAUACUGGUAGUCCCAGGAGCCAAGAUGUACACAAAAGUAGCAAAUAAUUCACUUUCUAAAGCAAUGAGAAAUAGUAAAUUGGUCGAAAUGUCUGAUGACUUGUUGAGAGAAGUUCAAUAUUGGAGGUUUUUGGAAGGGUAUGUUCCCUGGAGAAAAGAGUGUCACAAAAAUCUGGUUCUUGCCUCAGACUCUUCACUAUAUGCGUAUGGUCUGGUUCUAGGGGACUCAAUUCCAGGACAAGAAAAUCAGGGUGUCAUAUCUGAUUAUUGGGAAGGUGACGACUCCCGUCCAAUCCAUCUUAAAGAAGCACAUGCUGUUUUAAACGGUGUGAAUGCAUUGUCAAAUGAAUUGCAGAAUUGUAGAGUCAGGAUCAUGGUGGAUAACCAGUCAGUAGUCCAGUCGUGGAAUAAUGGUGGCUGUAAAUCGUUGGAAUUGAAUGACAUAUUGAAAUCUAUUUUCAUGGUUUGUCUUGAAAAGAAUAUUGAUCCAAGUCUGUCCAGAAUAUCUACAUUAAACAAUCCCGCUGAUAUGCCUUCAAGAAGGCUCUCAAACAUGGAUGCAAUGUUGCAGCCGGGAAUUUGGGCAAUAAUUGAACACAAUUUUGGGCCUCAUUCAGUAGAUCUCAUGUCAUUAGAUUCCAAUAGUUUGGUCGAUCGUCAUUUUACGCCCUCCCCGCUUCCAAAAUCAUCGGGGGUAGAUGUAUUCAGUCAAAAGAUAGAGACUGAGACUAAUCCUUAUGUCUUUCCUCCUUUCUGUAUGGUACUUCCAGUUACAAGAUAUUUGGUUGAGAGAAAGGUUCAAAGAUGUACUAUUGUUGUGGCUGAGAGAUGUCCAUUAGAUCCCUGGUGGCCAGUAUUAAAUACGUAUUCAGUGUCUAAAAUAUUUUUGGCAGGAAUCGGCUCAAAGGAGGCAUUGUUGUACCCAAGUAAAAGGGGAUUUAUUAAAGAUCAGUAUGGCUUGAAAUUCAAUUUGUGGGCAUUCAGAGUGUCCAUGUCAUGA